AUGAGUAAUAAUACAUCUUAUUCAAAUCCUAUCCCUGCUAUUAUAGUUAUCUUUGCUUCGGAAUCAACAGGUGGACUUUACCAGAGACGAUUAUUAUAUAAAAAUGUUUUCUUACCUACUAAUUUGAAAGCACAUGGACCGACGCAGAGCUAUGCAUUUAUUCGAAUGUUUGAAAGUUAUUCGAAAAGUUUUUAUUAUAUGAUUGUCAUACCAGACAGAAGACUCUAUUCGAUUUUAAAUACAUCUGUUAUAUCUUCAAAUUUAUGUCGCAAUAUCAGUGAGGUAUUUAAUAAUGAAAUAAUUUUAUUUGAAUAUUCCUAUUUAAAACGAUUAAAAUUAUAUCCUCUUCCCUGUAAGAAUGAUUCAGAUUUACGAUGUUUUUUUGAUGAAUAUCGAAUGUGUCUUUGUGCUAAAGAUCGUAAUAGUGCUUGUUUUAUUUUUAAUCAUGAACAAAGUAAUUGUGAUUAUUGUGAAAAUAAUGGUUUAUGUUUACGAAAAGAUCCCAAUGAAAAUCAAUGGGAAUUUAUUUGUCUAUGUCCCGAAUGUUCAUUUGGUAUAUUAUGUCAAUUUUUAAUUGGAUCUUAUUUUACUACAUUAGAUCUUUUAGUUAGUAUAGAUAUGAAUACAGGAAACAGGGCUCCGCAUGGGACGCCGUGGAAUGACACUCUUUUGCAAAAUACUCUAAGAGAAGAUGUGAUACAACAAUUUUUCCAAGAGAUUCUAUGA